CCUCUGUCAGUUAAUAGCACACUUGGGUCCUCAGGUGGCUCCUUGAGAACCAACUGUGAGGGAUAGAAAGAGGGACAGAGAGGUCUCAUUUUAUUAUCCCCUAGAGAACCUAUGACCUCCACUUUAUGCUGUCAAUAUGCAGAUCCAGAGUUACAGGUCACAAAGUCACCAUGUCAACCUUCUUGUCCAUCAUCAUCCCUGAGUGUUUUGCCUAGAGGUGGGAAAAGAGCCUUUGGGACAGCUGGUGGCAGGACACACAGAGCAGUGUUGUCUCCAGUCCCUGUGCUCUGCGAGGGAACUAGCGUGUGCACACUGGGCAUUGGUGACAGGGCUCCAGGGGCUGGCUGAGGUCCCUGGGCACAGGGGAGGUGGCCAAGCAGGAAGCUCUGGGGCAGUGUCCAUGAGCAAAGAGGUCAUAGAGACAACCAAGAAAAUGGGGAGGCAUGGUCCCUGUGUACCUCGCUCUGUGCUCUUCCUCCUGCUCCUGCUGCUGCUACUUCCAGCCCUGUUCAGCACAGAGAGACCCCUGGAUGUUGCUGCCAGGUGGAGAAAUGUCCACGGACUUGGCCUGGGUUCCCGAAGUUUCCAACCCCGGGGCUCAGUGCACAGCUGGCAUAAGAGGAAUGCAGACCAGCCACCAUGCCCUGGCAUCUCCGACAUCUACUUCAUUCUGGACAAGUCCAUCUUCGUGGGUGACUCUUGGCGUCACAUUCACAAGUUUGUGGAGAAUAUGGUGGCAAAUUUACCAGACCCAAACCUGCGCAUGUCCUUCAUCACCUACUCCUGUAAGGGCAAUGUCAUCUUGCCGCUCACCUCUGACAGAGAAGAAAUUCAGAGGGGUCUGGACAGACUGAAGUACAGUAUCCCUGCAGGUUUUGAGAACCUGGAGAAAGCAUUUCAAAAGGCAAAUCUCCAAAUUCAAAGAGCCAACUCUGGAGGUAUACAGGUUCCCAGCACGAUCAUCUCCGUGAUGACCAGAACGGUGGGCAACAACCUGUACCAGGAGGCAAAGAUAGAAGCUGACAAGGCUCGGAGGAUGGGGGCAUCCGUUUACACUGUUGGUGUGGGUUCAGUUAACAAAACGCAGUUACUAGGACUCUCAGACGAAGCGGAGAGUGUGUUUGAGGUGAAACUUGGGUUCGAGAAGUUGCAGGAAGUUGUAGAACCGCUGACCUCCAAGACCUGUCCUGGCAUUUCUUCCUUGGAAGAAGACACUGUGUGUACAGCAGAACCCUAUGACGUGAUUGUCUAUGGACGAGGUUUUCAAGACAUAGAUCCGAACGACGUCAUUUGCAGAUUCCAGUUCAGUGACAGCAGUGUCAUCGAGAAAACCCCCACCCGUGUGGAAAAUGAUUCCAUAACGUGUCCUGGACCGAUGAUAGAUCAGCCUGGACGAGACGUCUUUGUGGAAAUCAGCCUGGACAAUGGGAACAAAUACCUGACCAACGACCUCAUGUUUACCAGCGUGGACUGUACCACCACUCCCCCAACUUCGCCAACGACGCUACCCCCACCACCUCCGCCUACGACACCACCUCCACCUCCUCCUUCACCUCCUCCACCACCUCCUACGAUGCCUCCUCCACCUCUGCCUACAACGACGCCACCUCCACCACCUCCAACCACUACAAUUCCUGCAGUUCUUCCUGUUACCCCGCUCCCCGAAGAGGUGAACGAGAGCUCUGACCUGUUCUUCUUGGUACCCCUGGGGCAGUUGCUGCUGGAGGUGAUGCUGUGUUUUGGUUAUCUGAAGGAGGUGAGUCACCUCAAGGACAGCAAGGAGCCAUCACCAACUCCGCCUGAGCCUGAAACGGAAUCAGAAGACGAGGAGACCCUGCCUCCGCCGCCUCCUCCUCCACCUCCUCCUCCUCCACCACCUGCCCCAGCACCUGCCUCUGCACCUGUCACCGUGUGCCCCAUCAUUAUCGUGUGCUGCUGUGCGUGCCGUGGCGUGUGUGUGAACAGAGGCCCAGAGGGCACCUUGAUCUUGUGCAACUUCAGUCACCCUAGCUGUCACCAGGUGCCACUGACGUGGUCUCCAUCCAGUGCCCAGGGCAGCUGCACCAGCUUUGACCUCCUGAAAACACUCUGUGCCCAGGGCCCCUUGGCCUCCCAGAUCUGCCUUCAUCCCAGCCAGGACAGCCUCCCCCUGGCUUACUGCUCCCAGUGCCACCACCCUGAAGCCCAGAGCACCAGGUGCCCUUCUAGGAUGCUGCCCCUGCUGCCUCCCCCUGCCCAGACAGCCUGCAGAUCUGUACUGUCACUCCCACCUCCAUAGGCCACCUCUCAGGCCCCAUGCACCCAUAUGAGAGGUCUUGUUCCUGAGCUGGGUUUGGCAUUGGAGUCUUCGAUUCUAAUAAACCAGAGUUGG